AUGGUUGGACGGAAAAUGUUGUCUCUGAUGUUGGUCGGACUGUUGAUCGCAUCUUCCGCCAAUGCUGGACCGAUCGCAGCUGGAAUUUGCUAUGCUGGAUGUGCUGGCGUCACGGUUGCGUGCUUCUCCGCCGCCGGGUUUACGUUUGGCACCGUUCCUGGAGCAGUGAUUGCCGCUACACCCGCGUUGGCUGCGUGCAACGCUGCAUUUGGGAUUUGUGAAGCCAGCUGCAUGGCCGCCUUAUUCGUACCCGUACCCUAG